GAACUAUAAUUUGUGAGAAAAGUACACAGGAACACAAAUAUAUUUGUACAAUUCAAUAAUAAUCAUAAUGGCAAAACCACGUUCCAAGCAGCCAAAAAAACGCGGAGCUCCGGCAGCUAGAGGCCGGCGGAAUGAGGCAGGGACACGUCGGGCACGAAAUCGCCGAGUUGGCAAUAGAAGGCGACAGAUUCGGCCCAGAUUCAGGAAUGGGCAGCGCUUAGCUGAAAUCCAGCAUGAAUUGAAGAAGAGAUUGCCAAGAAGCAGCGAUCGGGGCAGUGUGAGGCCUCCACGUAGACGCAGGUUGGUUGCACCUCGACAAACCAGGACUAGAGUACGUCAAGGACGUGGCAGACUAAAUGUGGCACGAAGGCCAAGACCAAGGAUGCGUGCGGCGCCACAGCGUAAACGAAAACCCAAUGUCUCCACAAAGAAAUUGAAAAAGUCGAUGGAAGAAGAGAAAACACGAGUUUGUGUGGACAAAAUGUCAAUUUCAACCCAGACUCCUGACGUCGACUAUUUUUACAGCUCACAUUUACUCUCAAUGCUGGACAGAGGACCAAACUUUGCUGUUCCCCUUACUGCAACACCAAGAUCCACUGACAUGACUGAUGGCCGAUCAGGACAAUCGAGCAGCUCAAUAAAAAACCAGCAAGAGGAGCAAGUGAAUCAGGAAGAGCUUUCAAACGAGCAUCAGAACAACGCUCCAUCGCCUCAAACAAGAAUCAAUCUUGACGAGGAUCAAGUCAAUUUUUUUGAUGCUUUGUGCGAAGUGGCACACAAUCGUAAUGAAAAUCCGAGGAAUACACUUGCCAACCUAAUAGCUCGCCAGUCUGUGUACUUUAUUGGAGUUCUACCAGACCCUUCGUCGACUUCCCUCGCAGGUGAUCAACAUAAUAUAGAGCUUGAUCUUGGAGCUGCCGGCGAUGGUGUGCACGUGGGACCGCCAGUAUUCGAUAACGAUGAAGAAUCAGAUGAAUAAAGAUACAAAAUAAGAUACAACACUCAAUGGAAAAUCAAAAUUUAAUUUGGAAAAAUGUAGCAAAAUUUGUAUUUGGAAAGUUCCGUUGAACCUUAGCUUCAGUUUCAAUUUCAAUUUAUUUUAUACGAAUACUCGUAUACUAGAUUAGAGCCAUUUAAAAAAAUUCAAAAUAGUGAAAAGUACUACAGAUAUCUAAAUAUGUUCAGUGGAAUUUACUAUAAACUAAAAAUAUCAAAAUUACUUUUUGAUUAAAAUAAUACUCUACGGAGCUUGGAGUGUGAAUGCAAAGAGUAAAAAGAGAGCCUUCUUAUUCGGAAUUUAAAAGAAUUCAAAAGAGAAACCUUUACAAAGGAAGUAGUUAUAAGACGCAGAAUCUGAGUUAAUGGAAGAAUCACUUGACUAAAGAAUAAUAAGAAGCUCUCCUUGUGCCAAGGAUCAAGAAUUUUAACAAAACCGCAAUCCAGAUCCGCAAAGAAAAAUAGUACUUAGUAUUUUUGUUUUUAACACUCUCUUCUAUUUACGAAAAUACCUUUUUGAAAACUAUCUAACAAGUGUAGAAGGUUUACGAAGCUUAAAGAAAGUAUUAAAGACUACUUGUAGGAAUAAAGAGGAAGGCUGUCCUCGCGCUGACCGUAGUUAUGUUUAUGAGGAGCCGAAGCAACACAUCCAAAAGGUAUGGCAAUUCAAUCUUCGUAAAUAGGAUAAGAUACAAAUCAAAGAGAGAUGAGUACCAUCCUCUGGGCAAGUGGAAAGAGCAUAUUUAUCUCUAUUUACCUUCCCUAUUUAGUGGAUUUCCAUUAUAACAUAUUAACAAAAUUAUGAAAUCGUUUUGGAGUUGGGAGCGUCAGAGCCCGAAUCAUCGGAUAAAGCUGCAAAGUUAAGAAAAUAAUAAAGGGGAGAGCUCGCUUCCAACCCAAGAUGAUUAUGUAAACGAGGACUUCAAGCUAGAUAACUUUUGAAGCAUAUAUUUUUAUCCCCAAUUUAAAAUGAAGAGAAUAUAUAAAUGUCUUUCUUUCAAUUA